AUGAGCCAGAAAGGUUGUCCCGCCAAACAAAGAACUACUCCGAAACUGACUGUUCUUGAUGCUGCUACACAGAAUCCAGAAGAUGUACUCGAACAGUUGCCAGACUUCAAGGGCCUUGGUCCACAUUGUAUUAGAAAUGUGGUCAUUCUGGUCACUCCAUCGAUAGCUCCAGUGUUGGCGCGAAAGGACUUUCUCCAGUCGAUCAUCACCCGGAUUUACGCUUCUUUUGAAAAGCACGCGUUGCCGGAAUUCUGGCUGAAGAAAAAGGGUAUAGAAAUCAAGUCUCUAAGUGCUGUGGUGGAUGCACUGCCAUUCCGGGAGACGGCCGCAGCGCAGCAGCUUGAGUCAGAGGGCUUGUCCAUACUAUUCAGCUCGGGGUCGGUCUUCAGUGAACCAGGUUUUCCGACACCCGCUGGAGACGAUGACACUAGUUAUACUCUCACUUUCACGUCGGCCUACCACUCAGUUGAUCCUGGCAUACCAAGUCAAGAAAUAAACCCUUCACCUGUGCGAUAUCUGACCCUUCCAGUCGCCAACACAUUCUUCGUGAACGGCUCUCGUGCAACGCUCUUUCAGGAUACUUGGAAGGUCGACCUCAGCAGCGGCGGUUCCGUAAACGGCCGAGGGCUGGUAAAUGUUGCGUCACUUGUCAGUCAUGAAAGGAGGCAACAUCUUCAAAGGGCAACUAUUGCAGGAAAUUUUCACAGUAACGACUUAACCCAGUGUGUACUCCCACUCACGCCAUUGACCGAGUCCCGCGAAAUCACCAAGGCCAUGGGGAAUGUAGUGACGGAAAUCCAGCUUCCAGAGCGGAAAGCUCCAGCCUCGGCCGAGUUGGAGAGCAGCGUGUCUAAAUAUCUCAGGGAUAAUCCUGAUGCGACGGCGGCUGGCCCACUACUAAUAUAUGCCUCCAUUCGCCCACCGCGCUCAGCAAACGCAGGAACAUACGAGACACCUCCACAAGACUAUCUGCGGACCUUGAACUUUCUCGACACUUUUGAAGAGUGCACGAGAUUAUUCCGAGUGACGGGGGGGGGAGGUGGUUGGGGUAAGAAACAGGGACUCCUCUCCCUGGAUCCGGCUGUGGAUUUCGACAGCCAUAGCACGACUGACUCUAACUUUCCCGACAUCGGUGAGGAUGUGGAUGAUGUGAGUCAGUUGUAUGAACCUAAAGGUAUGAUGCCAGUGGGAAGCUCGAUACGGUUUUGGGUCUGGGACCACAAGGAUAAAAACAAGAAAAACGGCAUCAUCAAGGAGAACGUAACCGACCAUUUUCCAGACCUUGACCCUGAACAGGAGAAGCAGUCUCCGGACCGGGUAUGGUCUGGCCAGGACAACAUGCAUUUUGUGUUUGGCACUGGGUCGAGGGCCGAGGAAAGAGAAGGCACUGAAGGACAAGGCGCAGUGGUCUCAAAUAAGUCGAGGAUAACACACCAGUGUCUUUAUGGCUAUUUUGGAAUGCUAUCGUACGGAGGGGCUGCGAUAGGAAGCGCGGAGGAAAUAUUCCCAGAGGUUACAUACACAUCCAGACCGAGUUGGCACAGGCUCUGGGCGGGUGCUAGAAGCCGGGUUGAUGUGCCAAACACAACCUUCGUUCUCGAUGUUGACAGUGGGUAUUUUGAGAAGAGUUUUCCAGCAGAAGGAGUUGUCGAGUAA